AGUGAUAGAUAUAACAGAGCUUUCAGAGGAAGAAGAGGCAGGUUUGAAAAAAUCUGGACUAACGAUAAAGCUGCCAGAAUGUCAGAGGAUCAGUGGUAGUGGUGGCAUUGAUGUAGCAUUGAAAUUUUUGUCUCCAAUUGUCUGCGUGUCAUGUAAUUCAACAGAAGGUCUAGAAGAAAAUACAAACAGCCAGAGGAUGAGCCAGUCAAGUUCAUCAGAUGUUACGGUAUCUUCAGAUUCCACUGACACCUCACUAUCUGAAAGACCAAGAAAACUGAGAAAAAGAAAGGCAGUUGACUACUACCCAACAAAGGGUAAAGGGAAAUUUAAGGUGAUCCAUCAAAGUUGUCCUCGGAGGAAAAAGAUGGCAAGAAGUAUUGACCCUUUUCUUAGUAGGAAUAGUAGAGACAGUAAAAGGAUAGAAAGUAUGGAGGGUGAAAAUACAGAGAUGGAAAAUGGAGAAAGUACAGGCAGUAAGCAUUAUUUGACAGAUAAUUUACUUGAAAAUAGUAGUGUUAGUACAACCAGAAAUGAUAGAAAGAUUGUAAGCAGCAUGCAGUGUGAGUUUAGUGAGGCAGAAAAUUUGGUGAAUUCAGGUAGGGCUCACCAAAAAAAAGAUUGUUCACUAGUUGACCAGUCAGUGGGAAAAAGCAAUUUUCAGAAAAUAUUUGGAGUUAGUGAUCUGACAACUUGUAUGGAGUUAGACGGAGAUAAACUGCAGAAUAUAACUACAGAGAAUUCUUCACGAUCAUUUAAUGAUUUUGCAGAAACAGAAUCUUUGCCAGAUAUAGAAAACUCUAGUGCUGAAAAUGAAAGUUUGUUUGAUGUAUUACAUGGUAAAACUGGUGAGAAUAGAGACAACCAACAUCUUCCUGCAAACAAAAACCUCAAAAUUUUUCCUUCCAGUGAAAGCAGUAAUGGUUGCACAAAUACAUUGAUGAACUGCUGUAACCAAGGCUAUGCUUACUCAUUGAGGAAAAAGCCUCCGGUGGAUUACUUAGAAACCAAAAUUGAUACUUUUGGAACUGAUACAGCAGUAAAGACUAAACUUGAAGCCAUUCAAGGAAGGAAAAACCAGAAGGGAAAUACGAAAUAUGUACCUAGCUUAAACUCUGAUUUUGAAAUAAGUGAUUCUGACAAAGGAGACACAUUUCAAUCAAAUGGACAGCAAAAUCAGUGUCUAGUAAGACAGUUGGAGGAUAAAGAGAAUACUUUAAAAGGUAAAGAAAACCACACACUGUCAGAUGGUAUUGCUACCAGGAAAAGGCAUAGAAAAACUAAAUCUUUUUCUGAGCAGUGUGAUGGAAAUGAAAGCCUAAAUGGUCACAGUCUGAGGAAAAGUGCAAAAUUUGAUUACUUUGCGACUAAAACUGGUAACCUUAGUUCUGAAAGUAAUAGGCAGGAUGAAAGAGUCUUGAGAAACAAUGUAAACAAUGGAAAUGAAAAGAUUUAUAAAAAUACAGAUACAUUAAAAGAUGAAAAGUGCAAGACUAUGGAUACUGGUGAAACAAAUAUCUGCAGUAAUAAGAUUCAGAUGGACAUUGCUGAUGAAGAAGGGAGAGCAACUUUAAUUGGAGACUCUAUCAAGUUGAACAUAGAUCAGAAUCGAGGACGUGGCACAAUGUGCAAUAAAUACAACAUGUUUGACCCAGGUGUCACUGGAGAUAUUUCUGAUAACAUUUCUGAUGAUUUACUGAUCCAAAAUCCCUUUGAUGAUUUACUGAUCCAAAAUCCCUUUGAACUAGACUUUUCAAGUCCAGAUUUAACCCCUUGUAGUUUACAGGAUCUGAAAUCUUAUUGCAGCAAGGAUUCAGAGGAAGACAUUUUUGUAAGUGGAGAGGAAAGUGUUACAUGCAGUGAAAAGAUCAGCCUGUUAGGUUUCUCUUCUGCUGAGAGUAAUUUUUCUCCAUUGAAAAGUGAAGAAGAGUACCAGAUGUUAACAAGGAAUGAUGAAAAUGUGGAGAAUAACCAGUCAAAAAUCUUUGACUCUCAAGAUAAAACCAAUGGAAAAGUUGAAAGUGGUGAGAACUCUGUUAGCCUUGGGACUGGAUUAAAUAAAGCGAGCAGUAAACUUCUUUCCACUGUUGUUGACGAAGAAACUGAACUUCUUGAAAGUGUACAAGAACCAAAGUUUAAGAAUAGUAAUUCACAACAGACAACUAUGGAUAAUAUUUUCCCUGUUAUAAAAGUAAAUAGAAGUAUUCGGCCUUCCAAAGUAAGGAACAAAAAUGUAGGUAUAUCGUCGGGAAUUAUGUUUGGAAAAAUAAAUGGAAAAGUAUCAAAAGAAAGUGGAUAUAGUCCUGAUGUAAUGGUUACCUCUGAACAAGAACUUGACACAGCUCAGCAAGGAAAGGGAUUUGUUAAAAUUGAUGUUUUUGUUAAAGAAUCUGAUGAGUCUGAUCAUGAAGUUCUUGAAGAAAAUUUUAAAUUAUUACCAGGUGACUUUGGAGCUAGAGAGAAGAUUGGUAGAUUUUCUGAUCAUUUAAUGUCUGGAAGAGACGGAGAGAAUACAGGUGGUACCAAAACUUGGACAGCUUCAUUACUGUUCCCUAGAAUGUCUGGAAAUGAAUUGGCUGCAGAUAAAUGUCUAGAUAUUGUUUGUGAAAAAAAUGACAAUAGUAUGAGUUGUGAAAUUGAAAGAGAUGUUGUGUUUGAAAUCAAAGAACAUUUGAGCCCUACAUGUGGGAAUGGUAAAGCAGAAAUGGCUGAACCAGAUAGCACAGUUGUUGAUGAUGACAUUAGAAUUGUUGAAAAAGAAAAUAAACCUUAUAAAUCAGAAAUUAAACUUAACUCUAAUGACAAAUAUCCAGGAGAUUGUAAAGGUAUGAAGGAGAAUUCCAGUGACUGCAGUAAAAUGAAUGUUACUGUUACUGAGGUAGUCAAAGGUAAAAACAUCAACAGGCAUACAUUUGGGCAAGGUAGUAAUGCGACGAUUAAUUGUGGUAAAGGAGAUAGAAAUGAAACCAUGAGAGAAGGUUAUGAUAUAGAAAGUAGAAACCAGGUCAUGAGAAGUGAAGAUUGUGGGAUUGAAAAUGGAGACAAAACCAUGAGACAGGAGGAUUGUGGUAAAGAAGAUAGAAACAAAACAAUAAGAGAUGAAGAUUGUGGUAUAGAAAGUAGAAACAAAAUUGUGAGAAAAGAGGAUUGUGAUAUAGAAAAUGGAAACAAAACCAUGACAGUAGAGAUAUAUGAUACAGAAAAUGGAAAAGAGACCAUGACAGACGAUGAUUGUUGUACACAAAAUGGAAACAAAACCAUGAGAAUAAAAAACUGUAGGAAGGAGAAUCCGAAUGGUUUUAGGAAACUAGUCAAGGAUAAGAAAUUUAAGAAAAUUAAUAAGAGUACUGCAGGUUGUUCUAAGAAAAGUGUACAGCAAGAAAAGUUGAAACAGAGUGACUUUAUGGUUGGCAGUGUAGUGUGGGGAAAGUUCUCCGGAAAUGUAUGGUGGCCAGCAUUGGUUAUUAAUGGUGACAUGGUUAAAAAGUCAACUAAGACAGGAUUCAUAUGGCUGUACUGGUUUUCUGAUAGACAAAUCUCACUGGUGAAGACAUCUUGUGUGGAGUCAUUUCAAAACACCUUUGUGACUAGAUGCAAAUUGAAGAAAAAAUGGCACAUGCAGAGACACCUGCAGAUUGGUAUUGAUAGAGCUCUAGAGAUAUGUGCACGUAGAGCAGGUGUUGACAUAGAGGAGUUCGGAUCCAUUGGUGCCUGGGUGAAAUCUGACAGAGGCUUUCUUCAACUUAACAGUGAGAGAUUCAAACCUAAUCCAGAAUUUCCAGUCCCAGCUGACAUUCUAGAAGAUCUACACUGUAGUGAAAACUAUGCUAUGUCUAGAAAGAAUGAAAGAGAGUGUAGAGAUGUUCCAGCCAGAAGUCUAACUAUACCAUCAACAACUGCCUCUGUAGAGCCUUGUGGUGACCAAACACUAAAUGAUGCUGACCUUGUUAGACCAGAUGUCGAUGGAGAUAAGAUUUGUUUUACAUGUGGAGUUAAACUUGUUGAAGAUAGUUAUGAUCAUCCUUUGUUUCAGGUGAAAAUUUGUGAAAAAUGCAAGGUAUGUGAUUGUUGCCUACUUGAUUAA